AUGCGAUUUUCGGUCGUCAAUUAUCAAGAUGUCCUGCAAGAUCUGGACAAGGGUGUCCCGAUAAACUUUAACACCAACUUCCACACCGCUGAGGAGGCGCCAGAUCUUCCCAUCCCCACCAACAAGCCAUACGACUACGAAAUAUGGCUGCCAUUGAUACUGAGAUCUCGAGGCCUGCCUCCUACUGCGCUUCAAGUCGCCAAACUCUCGCGCGCACAGAUUAGAGUCUUGGUCAGUGCUUCUGCAGCUUCAAUCCAUACUGGCGUGCUCAAUCGAUCUUAUGCCGAAGAUCUCGAAGAUGAGGUGUAUCCUGCCUUUGAUGGGCUCCAUUUCCCCCCAGAAGGUCUUUUUAUGCGCCUUGGAGCUUGUUCCCCCAAAGAUGGUGCGCAGCUUACGCCUGGAAAGCUGGCGAUUCAUUCCGUCGAGGACAUUGUGCUCCGCAUCACUACGUCUGCGAGAACGUGGAGCGCGCUGACGAACAUACUCAACCAUGAAGGUGAAGAAGGUCACGUAUACUUUCUUCCAUUCAAUUCCGAAAUGAGAUCUGAGAGGGAAUAUCGCGUUUUUUGUAUCCCCGGCUCGUUGAACAUAUCUGGUGUUAGUCAGUACAGAUGGCAUAAGCCGUGGAUUUUCGGCCAUGAAAACAAAGAUGAGAUGGCCAACACGGCUCACAUAAUAAUUACCGGCAUUCAAGAAGUUCAUGCCGAUAUCAUUGCAUAUAUGAAAGCGCAUGAUGAUGAUGAGCUGGAGAAUCUUAUUCGGACCCAAGGAUUUACUUUCGAUGUGCUCUACGACGAGAAUACGGGGAGAUGCGCCUUGAUUGAGCUCAACACUUUCGGGGUGAGGAGUGCAUGCGGCUCUUGCCUUUUCCAAUGGCUGAAAGAUCGAGCGUCGUUGUAUGGAGAGACUGGGGAUAUUGAGUUUCGUGUUACGGUAUGA